AUGAGCCAAGCAGCUACUGGCAUGGCUCCAGUGCCUGGGCAGGACGCGGAGGACAAAGGAGUUGGCAGAGUCAUCUCCAAGGUGAAGAGAGCAUUUAGGUCUGACAAACGAGAAGCUGUUGCAUCGAGCACACAAAGACCAUCGUCUCUGCGGGAUGACACCAAGUCAGAUGCGAUCCAAGGAUCACCAGCUGUUGCCGUGGUAUCAAAAUUGAAAAUUUUCGAGGAGCGUGCUAAGAAGAUGGGCGAAAAGUUCGGGCUGGUGAUUGAAGCAUCAGACUUAUUAACCGUCGCUCCAGACGAAACUGUCCUCCGAGUGGACAAACCCAUCCGAAUGCGCGUGCGACGCACUUGCCAUCGGUGCAACACAACCUUCACUGCCAGAAAUGAGUGCCCAGGAUGCCAGCACGUUCAAUGCGAGAGGUGCCCCCGCCACCCGCCAAAGGAGAGCGAGGCUGAAUUUUUGGCCAAUCUUGAGCAGAUGGAGAAGGUCCUGAAGGCCAAUCGAGAAAGCACUGUCAUUAUGCCAGACUUUUAUUGGGGUGACCAGCAAAUAGAGUUGAAACGACCAAGUAAGAAUGGGGGACAAGACUUGGUGCACAGAAAACCCCGACAACGUGUUAGGAGGACAUGCCACGAGUGCCAAACGCUCUUCGCUACCGGCAGCAGAAAAUGCGAAAACUGCAACCAUAUUCGCUGUACAGAUUGCCCUCGGGAUCCGCCAAAGAAGGACAAGUACCCAUUUGGUUAUCCCGGUGAUGCAUUUGGGCCAGAUUCUGACGCACGAUUCGAAUGCUACUCUUGCGAGACGCUAUAUCCCGCUGAUGCUGAAGACGGCCACCCUUGCACGAUGUGCGGGUUAGAGAAGUCUGGCGAGUCACCACGUGCUUUGCCACGAAAAGUGCAGCCUCCCCCAGAUCCAGAAAUCCUUAGCAGACUGCAGGCCAGGUUGGAUAGUCUAAGGGAAAGAGAGUCGGCAUGA